GUACAAUUAAGUUGCUUCCUUGGGCAAUGAGGUUGGAUCGCUCCAUCUUCCGUUCAUGAUCACACGACCUUCGACGAGGCCGCAGUCUCUGCUGCGAGCUGUCGUCAAACAGGCUUCUGCUCUUCCCCGAACGCAGUGUCGAAGCAAGCAUACACCACCUACAUGGACUGACCAUCAGAAGCAAGACAGAUUUGCCAAUAAUGGCGUCCCCGGGUUCCUCUCAGCGAAUGCCUACCAAGAAACUUACGCCAAAUACUCGCAAUAUCUAUGCGACAAGUUAACAGAAUACACCCAAGGCACACCCGACGAAUCUGUCCAACCCAGAGACCUCCACUUUCAAUGCUCCCACCGACCGGAACGGGCAGCUCUCUACAACCAUGCAGCAAUGGCAAAUCACACACAUUUCUUUUGGGAAGCCCUGACAGACAGUGAAGAUCCUGCGCAGCGGCGUCCAGGCAUGCAAACGAUGCGAAAUAUUGAGAUGGACUUUGAAUCGGUGGACCACCUGCGCUCCGAAUUCCUCGAGACAGCCGACGCCAUGUUUGGAAACGGCUUCGUCUGGCUGAUGAAGCCACCCUCCGCCGGCGGAAUGACAAUCUUGGCCACAUACAACGCCGGCAGUCCGUAUCCCGAAGCGGCUCCGCGGCGAGAUACACGGGACAUGGCGAAUUUCAAUGGCCGACAGCUUGCAGACGAUCUCAAGAGUGGAGUUGCUGGUAGACCGCGAGUCAUCGCCAGCGGGGGACAGACUGCUGGUUCCUUUGGCCAAUUUAGUGCCAACCAAACGAACCGAUUCACUGGCCUGCUGAACGCCCAGCCCAUUUUGUGUGUCAAUGUCUGGGAACACCAGUGGAUCCCGGACUACGGUGUGUUGGGGAAACGUGCAUAUCUGACGGCGUGGUGGGACUGCAUUGACUGGCAAGUGGUCGAGAACCGACUGAGCACUGUCGAGCCGGAUAACUACGGCUAUGGUGGUAACAGACGGACCAGAAACCUCGGGAGCAUAGAGGCUGUUGGACGAGGCAUGUGAGGUGCUUGUACUUAUGCUGGCUCUGCGACAGUCUGGCAUCUCGCCUCACAUUCAAGCCAUGACCCCUUGUACAGAGACCGAUCUCCGGGUGUUCAAAAAAUGAAAUGUAGACUGCUUGGAUGGUGUAUUAAUACUUUGACAAAGCUAUGUAGACCAACCCAAACAUACCCACGGGACUCCCUC